CCCCAUUUCAUCUUUCCGCCAUCACUUCGGUUCCUUCCCGCAGGACGGGAACUGGCCGCUGUGAUUCCUCUCCUCCUGUCGCUCGGUGUUCGUGCUGACGAUGAAAAGCUCGGCUUGUCCCGGCCGGUGUACGGGGGGUGAGCGGAAAUGACGGAAGAACGGCGGAGCUCCUCCUCUCCCGGGCUCUAUGGAGUGGCCAGGCCGGCGUGUCAUGUGAGAGCCGAGAGAAUAGAGUGACAGCCCCGGAUUCCUGCCCACAGGUUAGCGGGCUUGUAUGAGAUGGAAGCUAAUGCAGGAGAGGAGGGCAUUCACUUUCAAAGCUACCCAUUUGAUUUCCUAGAAUUUCUUAAUCACCAGCGCUUUGAACCUAUGGAACUGUACAACCACCAUGAACAUGCUAAAGCUGUAGCUACCCUCCCUUGCACUUCACCACAGUAUGAUUACACCCACCAGUCCCAGACUAACAGUAUUCAGGUCGCCCCUGCUGGUAUUUCUAAACCGAAAGAAUUCAAAGUAGAACUUCCCUCAUCUGUGUCUCCCAUUAAAAAAUCAGAACCUGUACAGUUACAACAAUAUAACGUCCAGCCUUCAAUCUCCAACGCCCAAGCUAUCUUUGACGGAACAUUUAACUCACAGCAGUGGGGAAUUGUUGAUCUUUCUAGCCAUCAGCAUCUUUUUAACAACCUUAAACGCUCCUUACCAGUUACACAGCAGGUGCAAGCUGAAGAGGAAACAAAAGACGAUAAAAAUUACUUCCGUCGACUGAAGUAUCUAAUUGAUCGUCGUUUCCCCUGUACUGUGUGCCAGAAGUCUUUUAAGCAGUCAUCACAUCUAAUGCAACACAUGCUGGUUCACACAGGGGAGAGACCCUACGAAUGCAAUGUUUGUGGGCGUACAUACAAUCAUAUCUCCAGCCUCAUAAGGCAUAGACGCUGCCAUAGAGAGGAAACAGGAGUGGACAUAAACAGUUCACUGGCAAACACAGAUGUUGAGACUGCUGCUGCAGCUGCUGUAGUGGCGGCUGCCACAGCUGCAAUGUCAGCUCCUCAGGUGGGGCCUGGGGAAGUGCCUGUAGCAGGGGCAGAACAAAAUAUAAUUUUGCAGCAAGAUGGUCCAUUUACUUGCAACCUGUGCUGGAAAGUCUUUAAAAAGCAAAGUCAUCUUCACCAGCACCAGAUUAUACAUACUGGGGAAAAGCCUUUUAGCUGUAACAUAUGUGAAAAAAGUUUUAAUCGCCGUGAAAGCUUAAAGCGCCAUGUAAAGACACACUCCAACUCACUGAAGGUUCAGUGUGAGGUGUGUGGCAAAGCCUUCCGCGACACUACCUAUUUAUUAAAACACCAAGCCACUCAUACUGGUGAAAGACCAGAUUACAAGUGUGAUGUGUGUGGAAAAUCAUAUGCUGCUCCACAGAGUCUUUUAAGACACAAACAUGUGCAUGAGGCCAGUCUUUCAUUGCCACAGCCAUUGGUGCCACAACAACAAGCAAUUAAUGUGGAUGUUAAGGAAGCCAUUGCAGCAGUCCCCUAUGAAACUGCAACUCUACUCACCACAGAUGUUGCCCAAGCUGACCAAGCAGCUAUCAGUGUUAUUGAAAGAAUUGGUUCAGUCUUUGCUCAGCCGUCUCCCCGUAGACAAUCAUCUCUCUCGAAUAAUGUAAGCAAAAAUUUCUGCUGUAAUGUAUGUGGACGUGGUUUUGGUAGGCGAGAAACCCUAAAGCGUCAUGAACGGAUCCACACUGGUGAGAAGCCACACCAGUGUUCAGUUUGUGGCAAGAGGUUCAGAGAAUCUUUCCAUCUUACUAAACAUCAUGUAGUACACACCCGUGAACGACCCUACAAAUGUGAACUGUGUGGCAAGGUUUUUGGCUAUCCUCAGAGUUUGACACGCCACAAGCAGAUCCAUAGGCUUCAGCUGCCUUGUACAGUACCAACAGGAGCCUUGCCCCCUGAUCGACUUGGCUUUGGAUGCACAGAUUGCGGAGAGAGAUUCCCAGACUCCUUUCACCUAAUGAAUCAUAAGGAACUGCACAUGAGUGAAAAGCCCUAUGUUUGUGAUACAUGUGGAAAAUGUUUUGGCUUUAUUGAAAACCUAAUGUGGCACAAACUUGUACACCAAACCGCUACAGAACGUCUGCUUCCUAGUGUAAGCCAGUGUCAAGCAGAAACUGAAGGCAAUCAAGCAAACUGUAUACAGAAUAGCCUUACAAAUGAAGUAGUCCAGGCAUCAGUAGCAGUAGCUACUUCCAGUGGACAAGUGAAUUCCACUUCUGACGAGCACCCAAUGAUACCUAGUGGUGAGAGAUUUUCAUGCAGUAUUUGUGGUCAAAGUUUCAAGCACUUCCUGGGUUUGGUAACCCAUAAAUAUGUACACUUAGUCAGACGCACUCAAGCGUGCAAUGUCUGUGGGCAAAGCUUUGCAGGAGCAUAUGACUUGCUGCUUCAUCGUCGCAGCCACUUGCAAAAGAGACAUUUCACAUGCUCUUUAUGCGGUAAGCGCUUCUGGGAAGCAACGCUACUCAUGCGCCAUCAGCGCUGCCAUACAGAGGAGCGACCUUACAGAUGCACUAUAUGCGGACGUGGUUUCUUACAUUCAUGGUAUCUUCGUCAGCACAAAGUUGUGCACACUGGUGAGCGAGCAUACAAGUGUGCCUUGUGCAACAAACGUUUUGCCCAGUCCUCCAGUUUAGCAGAACACCAGAGACUACACAUUGUGGCACGCCCUCAGCGAUGUCCAACCUGUGGUAAAACGUUUCGCUACCGCUCCAAUCUCUUGGAACACCAGAGAGUGCAUCUUGGUGAAAAGGUUUACCGGUGCGAUCAGUGUGGUAAGAGUUUCUUCUACAUUUCAUCCAUCUUGCGUCAUCAACGAUCUCACGAUGCAAAACCAGACCUUCGUUGUUCCUGUUGCCUCAAACUGUUUAAGGAUCCAAAGUAUUUCAGCAAACAUGUACAAGCUCAUCAAGGUGGGCUUCCCUUUAAAUGUGGAACCUGUGGUGAGGCUUUCAACAAUACGUAUGGGCUAAAGAAGCACCGGUAUGCGCAUAAAAUGGAAAAACUUAAUGCAGUGGCAACACUUGUUGAAGGACAGAAGACUUCUCAACCAACAGGAACUUAAGAACAUUUUAUAAAACAUUUCCUUUUAUCUCUAAAAUCAACAAAGUUUAUGUGUUCUGUAAUCAGCCAAGUGGUUGGUUGGUCUGAUCUUGGUUUUAAUAAAGAAUACUUAAUAUUUAACUGUAACACUGGGUAUUCAAAGUUUUGGGCACCAAUGAUGACACAAUGUACUGUAUGUGAAGCCAUUCAGAUAUAUAUUAUCUGUGAAUUAUUGCAGUGCUUUCGUGUACUCAGUUUAACAAUAUUUAAUUGUUAGUGUUUAAAGUACCUACCGUAUAUAUCUUCCACGUGCUUUUAUUAAAUUCCUAAUACGA